AUGAUCCUCUCCAUUCUUGGGUUCCUGUAUGUGCUAGUUGCCCCCGGUGACCCCACCCUCACAAAGGAGACCACCACCUGCUACUCCUGUACGUUCUCUGGACAAUGCACAUCCUUGACCUGCACUGUUGAGAAUGACAUCUGCCUCAGCACAGUCCUAGGUGACCUCGGAGGGAAGAAACCCAUCUUGAGGAAUGGCCUUUGCGUGGCACCCAAGGACUGCCAGGCUGGGGUCUACACCCUGUCCUACGGCUUCCAGCAGGGCCUCUGGGCCAAUGUCACAUGCUGCCGCGGUAACUGCAGUGAGCCCCCCGCACCAGAUUCCCCAGUGUCCCUGUUCAAGGGUGGACUCAGUAAUUACCUGUGUCCCGUCUGCUCCCUGUAUGAAACCUCCUGUGACAACGAUUCAUACCUGCUCUGCCCUCAAGGGGAGACCUCCUGUGUUAGCAUGAACUGGGCUGAACUUGGAGGGGACAGGAAUUUUACCCUCCGAGGGUGUGGCUCUGAGGACCUAUGCCGCCUGCCCGAGAACCACACCCUGAUUCUGGAUUACCGGCUUAUUGGGAAACCCAUCUGCACUUCCAGCCAUCGGGCUGUGCUGGAACACAAGAGCCACCACAGUGGAACCACAGGCUCUGAAUAUGGCACUCUCCUCCUAGCCCUGGUGGGGGCAUGGAUGGCCACUUGGCUCGUCUGAGAGACCAUCCUCAUCCUGUCUUGUUCCCUGCUCAGCGUCCCCAGCCUGGGCGGGAAGAACCUUUCUUCUCUCUGACAACAGGAGCCCACCUCAAGUCUGGAAUCCUCCAAAGAGCCCCCUUGAACAAGCCCCCAGCCCAAAGGACCCCUCGAACCUCAGAAA